AUGGAUCUCCAAUCGAUAAUCAGCACCUGCUUCCCCUGCCUCCCGUGCUUCCAGUCGCCCUAUGUGGCCAUCAGCAACAAUAAGUACAAGAUCAUCAGGCUCCUCGGCGAGGGUGGGUUCUCGUACGUGUACCUCGUGGCAGACAGGGCCAACAACAACGCGUUGUAUGCGUUGAAGAAGAUCCGGUGCCCGUUCGGCGCCAGUGACGAGCUGUUCCGCAAUGCGGUACGAGAGAUCCGCAACUACCACCGGUUUGCUGCAGCCAGAACUCCCUACAUCAUCCAGUCUAUCGAGGAGUCAGUGGUGGAGGAGAGCGACGGGUCCAAGAGCAUCUACAUCGUCAUGCCAUACUUCGAGAAGUCACUCCAGGAUGUGAUCAACGAGCACGUCUUGUCUGAUCAGUCCAUGGACGAGGCUGAGAUCAUCAAGAUCUUCGUUGGGGUCUGCCGUGGCCUCAAGGUGAUGCACAACUACAAGAAAAGGCUGAGUGGGCUGGGUCAAGCUCAGGCAGCUGCGGAUGGUGGCGAAGGUGACUUGUUGCUCCCCGAAAGCGAGGACGACGACGAAGGCGAUGGCGAGAUGGGCACUCAGAUGCUGGAAUUGGUGCCGUUUGCCCACCACGAUAUCAAGCCAGCCAACGUCAUGCUCUCAGCCGAAGGUCUCCCAGUGUUGGUGGACUUGGGGUCAUGUUCGGCUGCCAGGAUCCACAUCAAGUCGAGGCAACAGGCGUUGACCAUGACCGAUUUCGCCCAGGAACACUGCACAUUGCCCUACCGGGCACCGGAACUCUUGGACGUGGCCACCAAUGCCGACAUCUCCGAAAAGACCGACAUCUGGUCCUUGGGGUGCUUGCUCUACUGCUGCUGCUUCGGCUUCUCGCCGUUUGAGAAGUUGGAGAUCGAGCAAGGCGCCAACUUGACGUUGGUGAUUUCUCAGGGAAAUUACGUGAUUCCUGAAGACAGAAGAGGUUACUCCGAGGCAUUGAUGGAUUUGGUCAGGGAGUGUUUGGUGGUCGACCCCAAGCAGCGGCCCACCAUCGAGACGGUGUUGGAAAAGGCACUCGAGUUGUCGAGACAGGCGUCGUAA